AUGUCGCCUCAACGUAAAUUUGGAAGGAAAAAAACCCCGAUUUGGCAAUGGUUUAGUGAAGGUGAAAAGCUAAACAGUUCACACUAUUUAGCACGAUGUAAUUUUUGCAAACAAAGCUGUCCCGGAGAACCUUCAAAAAUGGUCAAACAUAUAUUAGUAACAUGUGAAGAAAUUCAUCAGGAUGAGCGUAAUAAUAUCGAAAAUAUUUUAGCAAAUGCUAGUACUAAAAAAACUAAAAACUUGCAAAAAAACAAUUCAUUACCUCAAGUUGAUAAUCAUAACGAUAACUGUAAUACGAAUACAAAUGAUGUACCAGAAGUUGAAGAUAUUUCGGUUUUGUCUAUUGGAGAAAAGGCAUCCAUUAAUCGUCAAUUACUCAAAGCAUUAAUUUCGGCCAAUGCACCACUAUCGUUCGUAGAAGAUCCUGAAGUAAUUAAACUAUUUCAGAUGUUAAAUCCCAGAUAUAAACUUCCAUCACGUAAAUGGCUAAGUACAAGUGUUUUAGACAAGAUACAUGAAAAUGUUCAAUGCGGCAUUCAACAUUUUAUAUCAGAUUCUAUGUUUUUAACACUAUCUGGUGACGGGUGGACCAAUGUGUCCAAAAAUAGUAUGCUGAAUUUUAUUAUAACAAAUGAAAAACAUGAAAGUCAAAUUUUCAAAAUAGAUAAUUACUCAAAUCAGCGUCAUACGGGUGAUAAUAUAUUUGCUAUAUAUAGAGAAAUUGGAAUGAGCAUUGGAUUAAAUAAAUGGACGGCAUUUAUUUCAGAUAGUGGAUCGGAUUUUAAAAAAGCCCAACGUGGUAGAGUUUUAACAAUCCCGUGUAUGGCACAUCAAACCAACUUAUUAGUUAAAAAAAUCGUCGAGUCGACAUAUUUCACACCAGUUAUUAAAAAAAUGCUAGUUAUCAUUAAUCAUUUUCGAAAUUCCAACCUUGCAUUAUCCAAAUUAAGAGAAUUGGCUGGAAAUGCAACAUUAAAACCUCAGUAUCCAUGUAUUACUCGUUGGACAACAUUUACAAAAUCGGCAAAAACUAUUCUAGAAAUUAAGACAAAUUUAAAAGUUAUCGCGCUUAUACAUACAUCUUAUUUAAUAUCGCUGUUAAAACCAUACGAUUGUGUUAUUAAAAUUCUUGAAACGGAAAGAGCAACAUUAGGUCAAGUGGCUGCAUCAUGGGCAUGGCUUCGUGGAGUUAUUAAUAAGAGCUCACUUACUAAUAACGAUUUUAAAGAUUCUCUAAUAAUUGAAAUUGAUAAUCGUUGGCAAAAAAUCUUUAAUCCAGUUUUUUUAAUUACCUGGUUUCUUCAUCCAUUUCAUCAUAGUAAAGGAUUAAAUUUGACAUGGCAUUUAUAUGUUCAAGAAGCCGCAUACGGCCUGUUUUGCACUUUUUACCCAGAUCGUAAUCAAGACCAGUUUAUUGAUGAAUGGUUAAAUUACUCAAAUCAAGAGGGCCCAUUUUCUGCAUCAUCCGUUAAAAAUCCAAGUUUUACAAAAUUUCCACUAAGAUACUGGCGUACUAUGCUAAAUGCAGCUCCGAAUUUAAGUGAAUUUGCAUGUCGUCUUUUAUCUAUUCCACCUAAUUCUGCAACUUCUGAACGGGUAUGGUCUUUAUUAGGUAAUAUACAUACGGAACGUCGUAACAGGUUAUCACCAGUACGGGCUGCAAAGAUGGCGCAAAUCUCUUGUAAUAUUUCAGAUGAUGAUAACUAUAUUGAUAGUAGUGAUGAUAUAGACGAAUUUAUGGUAAAUUUAAAUCAAAUUUCUGAAAAAUUAAUAGAUGAUAUUCAUGUACUUGACGUAAAUAACGAGGAAAUUAUUCCAGCACUUAAAGAUGUAUUUGAUUCUAAGGCUGAAUUUAAGUUAGACAUUGAAAAAGUUGAAUUCCUUGCUGAAGGUGGUUAUGGAAAAGUAUUUAAGGGUAAAUGGAAAAAUGGUCAUAUUCAAUAUUAUGAUAAUAAAAAUAAAAGAUGGAAGAGAUAUGGUGAGACCUGGGUUGUUCUUAAAAGUAUAAAGGAUUUAAAGGAUGUGAAAGAGGAAUUUUUUAAAGAGAUUGAAGCUCAAAUGAUUUCAUGUGAAGAAUUUAGUUAUAUUAUAAGAUGUUACGGAAUAACUAAAUGUCCUACUACUGAAGAUUAUAUGAUGAUCAUGGAUUACAAAGAAGAUGGUAGUCUUCGGGAAUAUUUAAAAACAAAUUUUCAUCGUCUAAGUUGGGAAGAAAAAUUGGAACUUUUAUACACUGCGAUAAAAGGUUAUCUACCAUAUUAUGAUUGUAACCACGAUACUAGCCUUGCACUUCAAAUUGUUAACGAAGGACGUCGUCCAACCAUUGAUUAUAUUAACACACCGCCAGCUAUUGUUAAAUUAAUCGAACGUUGCUGGAGUAAAAACCCAGGAGAACGGCCCAAAGCUAUUGAAUUGCUUAACGAACUUUGUAGUUAUAGGGAAAAAGACCAUAAAAUAUGGAAGGAAAUUGAAAAAAUCGAGGAAAAUAAGAAGUUUAACAUACCUCCACAAGAGGCAGCCCUACAAUACGAAAUAUCAAACCAAACAUGUUAUAUCAGUAAACACUAUGAUGUUCCAAAAACAGGUAAGCACGAUGAUUAUGGUCCAGAAACAGAUAAAUACGAUUAUUCAGAAACAGAAUAUAUGACUAUUCCAUCCGAUUCCGAUUAA